AUGAGUUCUUUCACUCUCAUCUGUGUUUUUGUCGUCAACAUUUUUGUACAAGGAUUGGUCAGCAGUCUGCCUGAAGAAUAUGAAACUCAGGUGAAAAACUAUCCAGACAUUAUACAAUCUAAAGAAAAAUGUCUGCCUCAACAAGGCAAUUAUGAAUUUGCAAGUACACUCGUUUGUGAUCCGGAUGGCUUGUUAUCUGUUGCACAAAUAAACAUGUUAAACACCAAACUACAUCACAUCAGAACAUCUGUAAACUUCGACAAACCUAGCUGUGAUAUAAAUAAUCCACGGCCAGUAAUAGGAGUGGCGAUAGUUAAAAAAAUAGAAGUUGAUAAUAUGGACAAGGAUCGACUAUUGAGAUGUGCUGCAAUAUUCUCAUAUCGUUUAUUCGAUAAAUGGAACCUACCAUCUCAUUGUCAUUCUGAAUCUGGUAAAAUUAUUCUGUUAUACUCGAAAGAUGAUGGAGUGUUAUAUACAAUCGCUGGGAAUCUGCUGAGACGAAAACUUACAAGUAAACAAAUCAUAAACAUUGCCAUACGGUCUCGGGAACAAUUUUCUACCAGUAUAAGUGACGGUAUUGCUUAUAUCAUAGAGCGGUAUAGGGAGGCGGUUGAAUCGAGAUCAGCGGAUCUCUUUGACAAAGCCAAAUAA